AUGGGUCACUACUUUUCAGCUCACAGCAAAGAGCUUAAUUUCUUCGUCAUGUGUGGAGUGAACGACUGCCCUGCCACUUUCAGGCGAUAUCACUCCUUUUACAAGCACGUGGCGAGGAAUCAUGAAGACGAAUACCAAAGUGAUAUUGGAGGCCCUGCCGACAUUCUUGGAGACAUUAAUGGUACUAUUAAUGGCGACAUACAACAUAUGGAUCAAGAUUUAGAUCAAGACAUACAACAUGUGGAUCAUGAGAGUGACGAAAUCGGUGGUGAUUCUGAUUCGUCUUCGGACAACAGCGACUAUGAUUUAUAUGAAGCUCCUAAUACAAAUGGCGAGGUUAGUAAAUGGUAGUAAAUAUAUUGCAUUGUAUUGUCAAAUGAUGAGCCAGAAUGCUAUAUUCAUGAGCCAGAAUGCUACACAGGUACAAGUAGUAAGUAAAGUACUGAGUCUCAGACAACUCAGUACCAAGUACUUAGAAUCUGAGAUCCUGAAUUGCAUAAAUUGUUUUUCAAAUUUUAUUUAGUGUACAGGAAUCUGAAUCAGGGCUUGAAUCAGAUCAGUAAUGUUAGGAACUUGUUUUUCCAUGAAAUAACAAAUUAUUGUCAUAUUGUCAGUCAAAACGAAUUAUUGUCAUAUUGUCAGUCAAAAGCUAAUGGGAAGCCAUUCAGUGUAUAAACAUUGCAAGACUAGUUGAAAGAGGGAUGUUACACACUGUACAAUGCUUUAAAAUGUGUUGCAGUGUUGCCUGAUUCUACUUUGUGCAAUGGUUGUUGCAACAAAAAUAUUGUGAGACUUGUUGGUUGCGAGGCAUUCGAUACACCUUGCAAUUUCAUGUGCAACUUGUGUCGUAACAAAAUUGCGACACAAGUUGCGAGACAAAUUGCAUGGUGUAACAGCUAUGUAGGGGUUGACACAAUUACAGGAGCAACUUCUUCACCAGUAACAUAUAUAAAUAUUUGUUUAUAGUCUUCUGCAUCUGAUUUUCAACGAACUGAAGCAUUCUACAUCUUAAAAGUUAAAAAACGAAACAACAUAACUCAGGUUUGUUAUUACAAUGUGUUUGUCAGAGGAAUACUGCAUUACUGCUACAAUAUUUUGUGUCAUGGAUCCGAUUUUUAGUCUAGUAUUACAUCAAGGCUGUAUUAAAUGCUGCCGAAACCUAUACUCGCCUGGGCACACAGCAGUUAACCAUAGGGGGGGGGGGUUUAAAAGUGGGAUAAGAUAAAAGCUGUUAUUAAAAUUGCAGAACAAGCAUUUUUUGAAAAGACAGGUCCCUAAAUAAGUGUUCAUUAUUCUGUUCAUGCUGUGAUGUUUUCAGUAUAUAAAAGUUAUUGCCCCCUGGCCAAAAUCCUGUGUGCACUCCAGUGCAUAAAGUGUUCCUUGCCGCAAUCCGUUUCACAAAUUGUUUUAGGCAUUGUGAAAGACCAAUUCAAUUUAUUGUCUUUGUUAUAUAUAUAUACAUUUGAAAGACAUAAUUUGAAAUUUGCUUAAGAUACACAUUGGAAUGAACAUGCUAAAAGUCUGACUGUCUAGGUUUUGUUAAAUUCAUUGUAUGAUGAGAAUAUUUUUCGAGCGACAAAAAUAUAUCUGUAGAUCUUUAAUUUUUAAUUUCGUAGGUGGCCAUGGAUAACAUCAUUGAUAGCACCUCUGGCAUAGUACAAAGUAACAUGGACUUGGCCAAAACUAGUUUAAUAAAUGCAUGGGAAAAUCAUGAUCAUACAAAAGACUUUUCAGAAGUUAUUAAAGAGACAUUCGCAAAUAUUCCCAAACCAUUUUCUGCAUUAAGAACAAACUACUUGCAAACGUCCUUUAUAAAGAAGAAUCUAAAUUAUGUGGAAAUCAAGGAAGUGGUACUUGGUAAGAAGAUCUCCAUAAAGCACUGGAAAAACAAAAGAGUUCUUGUAGAAAAAGAUGAAACUUAUAUAUAUAUCCCAAUUGUUGAAAGCUUACGGCAACUUCUGUCCAACAAGAAAGUUGCAAAACUGGUUAUCAGAAAACCCAGAUAUUGUGACUCAGGGAUUUAUUAUGACAUAUGUGAUGGAGAAUUAUUUAAGAAUGAUCCCUUUUUCAUGGAACACCAAGAUGCCAUACAGAUCAUCAUAUAUCAUGAUGCUGUCGAAGUCUGCAAUCCUCUUGGAAGUCAUGCUGGUAUACAUAAACUUGACAUGUUUUAUUACACUAUAGGAAAUCUAAAUCCUAAAUUGAGAUCAAAGCAUUGUGCUGUGAGAUUGCUUGGUAUUGCAAAUGCCAAAUUAGUAAAGAAGUAUGGGCAUAAUGCUAUUCUCCGACUCAUAAUAAGAUAUUCACAAGCUUGAGAAUGGUUGCCCUUUUGUUGUAAAUGGCGGAGAGAAAGUUAUUUUUGGGAAAGUCGUCAGUUGUGCGGGAGACACAGAAGGCCAACAUGAAUGGGGAGGUUACAAGGUGGGUGUAGGAUUUGCAUUUCACAAAUGUCGCCAUUGCCAAUGUCAUUACGAUGCGAUGCAGCAAAGUUUUUAUGAUUACGAUUUCCAUGCAAAGUCAAAAGAGACACACGAAAGACACUGCAAGGAAAUUGACGAGGCACCAACAGAGCAGCUUAAGACUGACCUAAAGACUACCUAUGGAAUUAACCACCGAAGUUCACUGUGUGAUUUGCAUGAUUUUGAUAUUACCACACAGUUGCCACAAUAUAUCAUGCACACAUUGCUUGAGGGUGUGGUGCAGUAUGAACUUCGUCACAUAUUAGCGCAUUACAUCAGCACUGGUGAGUUUACUUUGGCCCAACUUAAUGCAGCAAUUACCAGCCAGUGUUAUGGAUACAGUGAAGUCUCUGACAAACCGGAUGCUUUGAGAGAAUCGGUUUUCCAAGGUGAAGAAAGAUAUAAACUGAAAUAUAAUGCUGCACAAGCAAGAUUAUUUCUCAGGCUAAUACCAUUCAUUCUCUGCUCACUUGUAAGUGAAGAUGAUCAUAUUUACCCAUUGAUAACCGAAUUGCUUGCUAUAUGCCAGAUUGUUUUCUCGCCUGUGAUCAGCCUGGAGACAAUAAAUUUGCUGAGAUUGCUCAUUGGUGAGCAUCUUGCUCAUUUCAAGGAACAUUUUCCAGAGAUCAACAUCACUCCGAAACAACACUAUCUGAUCCAUCUUCCAAAAAUGAUCAAGCUCCUUGGGCCAUUGGUUCGGCACUCAUGUUUUAGUUUCGAGUCUGCUCAUAACUAUUUUAAGGAACUCGCACGUAAGCAGAACUUCAAAAACCUUGCAAAAUUAUUGGCAGAGCGGUGUCAGUUAAAAGAAUGUAGCAACUUUGGUGAUUUAUCCGAAGAUGCAAGGUCACAUCCUCUUUUUUCUUCAGAAAGAAAAUAUGGAUCCCUGAGCACAGCUGGAGAGUCUGUAAAGAGAAAUCUGAGGGAACAUAUGGAUAGUUGUGGAUUGAUGCCAGGUAUCAAGCUCCAAAAUGUGUACAAGGCAACUUGGGUUGUUUGCCAUGGUACUGAUUUUCGUAAGAGUGGCGUUAUCAUGUGUGACAUAGAUAAAGAUUUACUCUCACCCAUGUUUGGCGUGAUCAAACAAAUAUGGAUUGUGAGUGACUUCAUCUAUUUUGAAUACAUUCCAUUUGAGACAUUGUGUUUCAGUGAACGGUUCCAGGCAUAUCAUGUGAGGGAAACUGUGGCAGCAGAAACUGUAAUAACAUCCUAUGAAAGUCUUGUUGACUUCAAUGUGUUUCACCAUCAUGAAGACAGUGAAGGAGAAAUUUAUGUUCCUGUGAAAUAUGACAUUGGUGACUUAAUUGAACAACAUGCUAAGGGGAAAAACCCAUUAAAAGUUUAG